AUGUUCCAACGCGAUCCUAGAGCUGGUGCAUUCCUCGGUGGAGACCGCGUUUCUGGCCAAGAUAUUCGCGACCAGAAUGUCAUCGCUGCCCUGUCCAUCGCCAAUAUUCUGAAGAGUUCGUUGGGGCCAUUAGGUCUGGACAAAAUGCUGGUUGAUAAUAUCGGGGAAGUGACCAUCUCCAACGAUGGCGCAACCAUUCUCGGUAUGCUUUCCGUCGAGCACCCAGCUGGUCGCAUCUUUGUCGAUCUGGCCCAAAAACAAGACAAGGAAGUCGGAGACGGGACUACCUCUGUUGUCAUCAUUGCUGCAGAGCUUCUACGACGCGCCAAUGAGCUCGUCAAAGCCAAAAUACAUCCGACCACCAUUAUCACUGGCUACAGGCUAGCAUGCAAGGAGGCCGUAAAAUUCAUGCAGGACCAACUCAGUGUCAAAGUGGAUGCCCUGGGGCGAGAUGCACUAGUGAACGCGGCAAAGACGAGCAUGUCGAGCAAAAUCAUUGGCAGUGACGAUGAUUUGUUCGCUCCGAUGGCUGUGAACGCUAUGCUCGCAGUCAAGUCCAUUAACAUUCGUGGUGAUAUCAAGUACCCCGUUAAGGCAGUCAACGUUCUCAAAGCACACGGGAGGAGCGCAAGGGAGUCGAUAUUCGUACCAGGUUAUGCGUUGAACUGCACUGUGGCCAGUCAAGCAAUGAAAAAGCGGAUAACGAACGCCAAGAUCGCCUGCUUAGACAUCAACCUCCAAAAAGCGCGCAUGCAACUUGGUGUUCAAAUUCUUGUCGAUGACCCAAACCAAUUGGAAGAGAUUCGCAAACGAGAGUCAGAGAUCACGCUUGAGCGGAUACGGAAGAUUCUUGCUGCAGGAGCCAAUGUCGUGCUGACAACCAAGGGCAUUGACGAUCUGUGUUUGAAGGAAUUCGUCGAGGCUGGUGCCAUGGCCGUUCGAAGGUGUAAGAAGGAAGACCUUCGUCGGAUCGCAAAGGCAACUGGUGGCCAACUAAUCUCCAGUCUGGCAAAUUUAGAAGGAGAAGAGACAUACGAGGCCAGCUAUCUUGGGACAGCGGAGGAGGUCAUCCAAGAGCGCAUCUCGGACGACGAGCUCAUUCUUGUCAAAGGCACCAAAGUGGUCAACUCUGCCUCAAUAAUCUUACGUGGUGCCAACGACUACAUGCUUGACGAGAUGGAGCGCGCCUUGCAUGAUACUUUGUCUGUCAUCAAACGUACUUUGGAGAGUGGGGCGGUUGUCCCUGGUGGUGGUGCUGUUGAAUCAGCGCUGAGCAUCUAUCUCGAAAACUUUGCCACAACCCUGGGAUCAAGAGAACAACUUGCCAUUGCCGAAUUUGCUAGUGCCUUGUUGUCGAUCCCGAAAACAUUGGCAGUUAACGCGGCAAAAGACUCGACAGAGCUUGUGGCCAAACUCCGGUCAUUCCACAAUGCAGCUCAAAACGCGCCUGUGGGUGACCCGAAAAAGGCGCUACUGAGAUAUGGGCUGGAUCUUAUGAAUGGAGACGUGAGGGACAAUGUCGCGGCUGGUGUGCUAGAGCCAACAAUGAGUAAAGUCAAGAGUCUCAAGUCGGCAUUCGAAGCAGCGGUCUCAUUACUGCGCAUUGAUGACGCGAUUCAAUGCGUCCCAGAGCCGAAGCAAGAAGCAGAUCCCCACGGGCAUUAG